AUGUUGGUGGUGGAAAGCGGUGGCGACAGUGACGGAGGUGGUGGAAGUCAAUCAUUCGUCUCAGCUGACGUGUCUCUAAUAAGAGCCAUUUGCAAAACCACCGAAGAAUCUGAAGUUUGUGUUUCAGUUUUAUCAUCAGACCCUCAAAGCAUCACCGCCAGUAACAAAACCAGCCUAGCGAGGAUUGCCAUGCAAAUCACAGCAGCAAAGUGCCAUGACAUUUCAUUAUACGCCAACCAACUGCUUCGUACCGCAACAGACCCUGGUUACAAGCAAGACCUGGAGGACUGUAGAGAUAGUUAUGACCAAGUUGAGUUUGGCAUAACCGAUAAAGGUCUGUCAAAUUUUGAUCAAGGGAGAUAUGAAGACGCGGGGAGAUACACUGAAGAUGCUUCUAUUGCUUCUGAAACCUGCGACGAACACGGCAUAAAAGCCUUAAAGCAGAUGAAUACUCUCAUUGGUGACUUCUCUAUUGAUGCAAGGACGAUUGUAAAGAGCUUGUCCAAGUCAUGA